AUGCCUAGGGUAUAUAAAACAAAAGAAGGUGCAAGAAAAAGAAUACCAAUCGAUAAGGAAAUCUUGGAGUUGGCUGUUAAUGAUGUUAUAGGGGGUAAGAGUAUUCGUGGUACUGCCAAAGGUUACGGGAUAGCAGUUAAGACACUGAAAAGAUAUGUCAGAAAGAAAAAAAAUGCUACGACUGAAAAUAUUGAUUACACGCCAACCUAUCGCCAGUCACAAAUUUUUUCGUCAACUGAAGAGACAGAACUUGUUAGUUAUUUAAUAAUGGCCAGUAAAUUGUACCAUGGAUUAACUCCUAAGAAGUUAGACCUUGCAUUUCAAUAUGCUUCUGAAAAUAAUAAAAAAAUACCACCAAAAUGGGUUGAACAGGAAACAGCUACUUACGAUUGGUUCUACGGUUUUAUGAAUCGUCACAAAGAGUUGUCAUUGCGUGUACCCGAAGCCACUAGUUUGUCUCGCGCCACAGCUUUUAACGGACACAAUGUUGGAACUUUCUUUGAGAAUUUGAAAAGCUUAUUACAGAGAUUUAAUUUUGGGCCGGACCAAAUCUGGAAUGUAGACGAAACUGGAAUCACUACAGUUCAUAAGCCAAAAAAAAUUGUAGCAUGUAGAGGUCUUAAACAAGUGUCUAAGGUCACAUCUGGAGAACGUGGGCAGCUUGUUACUGUAUGUGGAGCUAUAAAUGCUUUAGGUAACCACCUUCCACCAUUUAUUAUAUUCCCACGUAAAAGUUGGCAGCAACGAAUGAUAGAUGGUGGCCCACCGGGUACUGAAGGAGCUCCACAUCCGAGUGGAUGGAUGACUGGACCAAAUUUCCUACUUUUCCUAAAAAAUUUUCAUAAGCAUAUAAGAUGCACCAAGGACAGCCCUUGUCUUAUUAUAUUUGACAACCAUGAGUCACACAUUACCAUUGACUCUAUAAACUACUGCAAAGAUAAUGGUAUCCAUCUUUUAACUAUACCACCACAUACCUCUCAAAAAUUACAACCUUUGGAUCGAAUAGUAUUUGGAGCGAUGAAGUCAUACUACAAUACUGCAUGCGAUAAUUGGAUGGUUAGUCAUCCAGGGCGGCCGUUAACCAUAUAUGAUUUGGCUGGAUGUCUAGGCAGUGCUUACCCAAAUGCAAUGACUCCUAGAAAUAUUCAGAAAAGUUUCUCAGUUACUGGAAUUUUUUCAUUUAACCCUGAUAUAUUCACAGAUGACGAAUAUUUAAGCUCCUACGUUACUGACAGAAAAAACGUGCAAACUGAAACAGACAAUGUUAUAACCUCACCAUCUGUGUCACCGUCUAUUUUAUCAAGCAGCUUCCCCUGCCCUUAUGCUUAA